UUACUUUCUGUGUGAUAAGUUCUGUUGUCGGAUCUUUGUGAUUAAGACAACAAAACAAAUACUCAACAUAGAAGCAAUGUUAAUCGUGUGUUCUUUCUCGUUGCUAUCGCUGCUGAUAGUCAACAUUCGAGCCAUGCAAUUCCUAGUGGACUUAAAUAAAGCAAAAGCAGUCCUGGGAUUCAUUCAUGAUUUUGAGGAAAUAUUUCCGUUGGUGCAAGCGGAUAUUGAAGAAUUGGAUGCACUUGAAUUUGAUUCGACGAAGACAUCAGAAAAUUACAACAAACUGUUGGAACAUUUCAGAAAUGCCAGCAAUAAAGUUCAUGAGAUCGAGGAAAAUUACAUUAAACUAUCGAAAAAAUCGUUAUAUGAUUACAUCACCUAUGAUCCGCUGGACUUGUAUAUAAUAGAACAUCUGGUUCAAGAUACAGAAACCGCUUCGGAGCAUUUUAAAGAAAUGGGUACCAUUAUAUUCCUUGCAAAUUCCACAGAUAUACUCAAGCUGGCAAAACAGAUAACUUGGGCAAUGCCAAUAAAAAAGACGCUAUUUAAUAACUUUUAUCUGGAACUCCUUGGUCAGUAUUAUGUCGACAAGGAUUUGUUACAUACUCUGCGUCAAAAGUAUGAGAUGCCAUAUAAAAAGCUUUGCUAUAAUCUCCACUUCCCCCAACAGCUUGUCUACUCAUUGUUUAUGGACAUUGCUCUAACCGAAUUGAAGGCCUAUAUCCUGAUCGAGUACUCAUUUUUGAUUAGACGUGUUUCUGGGCAAGGAAAUUUCACUGAAGAAAUAAAUAAGGUUCUUCUCAACUAUAAGAAAGUCAAAGAAUACGCUAUCGAUACACUUCAGAGCACAAUGGAGAAUGCUGAUCGCGAUAUAUGGCGUUGUGAUCCCGAAAAGCAUAUUCCAAAUGUUACCUACGAUGAGGUGACAAGACUUCUUCAGGGAUACGUUGAGAACGAAGUGGAUCUAAGCAACGAUGAGUCCUGCAGUGAAACUUGCUCCGAUUAUCACAACACAACUACAAAAGGUUGCUUCGAUCAAAAGUUUUGUUCUCAGCAGCCUCAGUGCUCGGGUCAUAUUUACGACUGUCAGUUUGUCGACUCGGACUUAUCUAUUUGUCAAUCGAAUGAGAAUAACAGCCGUCGAUAUGAUUAUAUUGAAUAUGAAGACGGACAGAAGUUUGGACAAGGCGAGAAUUGUUCCCGAGACGUUAAUAAUGUAGAGAGCUGGCAUAGAUGGAUUUUCACAAAGUGCAGCUACUGUUUUUGUCUUUGCGAUGAGCCGGGACCAAAGUCUGAUCGGUACUUUAGUCUUCGAGAAACUUUAUCGGAUGUGAUGGCGAACAAAGUGGUGACUGGAGUGCGAUUUGUGAAGAAGAAUCGCAUUUUCCAUUUGCAGAUACAGCAAGGACAACUUUUGCCUCGAGGAGCAAUCAACGAAUCAUCUGUGGAGUGGGUUUCAAUUGAUGACUUCAAAAUAACCGAUCCUGAUGUUUGUGAUGGGGUCGAUUAUCAUUCAUUGAGUCACCAGGAACGUGGUAUAGAUCUGGAUGAAAUUUUGUGUGAAGAGGAAGAAGUGGUCACUGGAUUGCGUUUUCGUGUGUUGAAUGGACGACUGAGUCUCAUAACGAUGUUUAGGGACUUUGAUUUUGAAAGUGGUGAAAUAUUCGAACCGCAGAAAGUCAACUCACAUUGGUCACCAUAUGACGAUAGGCAACAAUUAAAUCUCGAUAAUCUUGAUAUACCAACACGAUCAACAAACAGUUCACAGCCAAUGUCAAAGAGUAAUCAAUAUUUAGAGUUUGUCAAUUCGGGAAUGGAGCAAGAUGCAGCACAAACAACAAUUCCGUUUAUAGACAUUCAGGAUGUGGUAUCAAGCUCUCCAGUUCCAUUGGCUGGAAUUGGAAUAUAUUAUAAAAGUAGUCCGGGAUAUGGCGGAUUUGUUGCACCCAAAAUCAUCAGCUACGAUUUCUCCCCUCAUCUUGGGAGGCCAUAAUUUCCAUAAGAAUGAAUUUACUCAAGCUAUUUAAAAUGAAUGAUGAUAAUGUUACAUAUUUGUAUGGAAACGCUCAUAAAAAAUUCACACAAAUAUUUUUUACAAUGUAAAAUCGAAAUGAAAUUUAGUUUCAAAUUAAUCAAAUUCAAAAUAUGAUAUAUAUACACGU